AUGGAAGCUGUUGAUAAUAUUUUAGUUAUAGCGAUGCAUAGAAAAUCAGUUAAGAAGGGUUUCGAAUUCACCCUAAUGGUCGUAGGAGAAUCUGGAUUGGGGAAGUCCACUUUAAUCAACAGUUUGUUUUUAGAAGAUCUUUACAAGAACAGGGUGGUACCAGACGUAAAUGAAAAAUUGCAAAAGACAACCACAAUUGACAAGAAAACAAUGGAAAUUGAAGAGAAAGGUGUGAAAGUAAGAUUAACUGUGGUUGAUACUCCUGGUUUUGGAGAAGCAAUAAAUUGUGAAGACAGUUGGAAAGUUUGUGUCAAUUAUAUUGACGAACAAUUUCGUCAAUAUUUCACCGACGAAAGCGGACUCAACAGGAGAAACAUCCAAGAUAAUAGAGUUCAUUGCUGUUUAUAUUUUGUACCUCCUUGGGGUCACAGUUUACGCCAAAUGGAUUUAGAUCUGAUGAAAAGGCUGCAUCGCAAAGUAAAUUUAGUUGUUGUUAUUGCGAAGGCUGAUUGCCUGACGUCAUUGGAAGUCGCAACCCUUAAGAAAAAUAUUUUGAACGAUAUCAAAGAGAAUGGGAUACAGAUGUACGAGUUUCCUGAGUGUGAUAGUGAUGAAGAUGAAGAAUUCAAGCAACAAGACAGGGAAUUGAAGGCAAGCAUCCCCUUCGCAGUGGUGGGGAGUAAUAGUAUCCUAGAAGUUGCCGGGAGGAAGAUUAGGGGUAGGCAGUAC